UUCUUAAUUCCUCCCCCUCCCUUUCUUUCAUUCGCAUUUCAAAGGGCGCUUCUUCCUCAUAUCUGGCAAAAUGGCAAAUGCAGCGUCCGGAAUGGCUGUGCACGAUGACUGCAAACUGAAGUUCCAGGAGCUUAAAGCAAAGAGGAACUACCGAUUCAUUGUAUUCAAAAUUGAGCAGCAACAAGUUGUGGUCGAGAAAUUAGGGGAACCUACAGAAAGCUAUGACGAUUUUCAGGCCAGUUUGCCAGCUGAUGAGUGUCGUUAUGCCGUCUACGAUUUUGAUUUCAUAACUGACGAGAAUUGCCAGAAAAGCAAGAUCUUCUUCGUUGCAUGGUCACCAGACACAUCAAAGGUGAGGAUGAAGAUGGUGUAUGCAAGUUCCAAGGAUAGAUUCAAGAGGGAACUGGAGGGCAUUCAAGUCGAACUGCAAGCAACUGAUCCAAGUGAGAUGAGCUUGGACAUUGUGAAAGCGCGAGCCCUCUAA